AUGGCGAACCAUACCCUUUCUGUUGCUGAUGAUAUAGAGCAGGGGGGCCCCCCAACCCAUGGGGGGGGGGCCCCCUUCACUCUUCCUUCUUCUUCUGCUGCUGCUGCAGCAGCAGCAGCAGCAGCAGCAGCAGCAGUGGGGCCCCCCCUUAUGUGUGAUAUGAAACUUACACUAGAAAGGGUCAGCGAACACUUCUAUAGAAUAGGGGGGCCCCCUGCUGCACCGGGGGGCCCCCCGCUGCAGCAGGGGGCCCCCAAGCAGAGAAACUGGCCGCUUAUAAGUGAAGGGGUAGAGCAGCAGGAGGGAGAGAAUACACAAAACAUACAAGAUAUAGAAGCUGCUGCUGCUGCAGCAGCAGCAGCAGCAGCAGCAGCAGCAGAAGCAACAGAAGCAGGAGGAGCAGCAGAAGCAGGAGGAGCAGCAGCGGAAACUGUUGUCCCUGUACAGCCUGAUGCAGCAACAGAGGAGCAGCAGAAGCAGGAGGAGCAGCAGCGGAAACUGUUGUCCCUGUACAGCCUGAUGCAGCAACAGAUAGGGCGCCGCAGCGGGAGGCGGAGCUGUGUAUUAUCUGCUGCAACACCCGCAAAUAUCAGCAGCAUGACGCUGCUGCAGCUGCUGCUGCAGCACCACUCACAGCUGCUGCAGCAGCAACAGUCGCAGCUGCAGCAGCAGCAACAGCCGCAGCUGCUGCAGCAGAAACAGCCGCAGCUGUUGCAGCAGCACCACUCUCAGCUGCUGCAGCAGCAACAGCCGCAGCUGCUGCAGCAGAACCAGUCGCAGCUGCUGCUGCAGCACCAGCAGCACCAACAGCAGCAGCACUAA